AUGGGACUCUUUUCCUAUUAUUUCCAUUCCACUCGUCCUCGGACGAAUCAUCUGCUGGACAGCAAAAUCCAUCCGCCAUCGAGGCCGAUUCGAAUCACCAAGCUUCGAAGUUUAUUGCUUGCAUUCCAGCUGGUGAUCAUGAUUCCAAUAGUACUUAUUGUGUUCUGGAAUGCAUCUUCAUCUUCUACAGUUGUCGUUGUUGCUGCCACCAGUACCAGUACCACUACCAGUACCAGUACCACAACCAACAAUACGAAUAAGAAUCUCACCGUGGUGGUUCCAGGAUUUGGAGACAUGACGAGAAUGUCAGUCUUGAAAGAUUCGUUGUUGGCCAUCAAACAUUCAUUAGAGGCCAAACACUAUGGAUUUGAUUGUCUGGUCUAUGUGUACAAUAAGGAAAAUGGCAUUUUGGAGCAAGCCAUUUCGGAAUUGCAUUUUUGCAAGGUUCAACUCAAUCUAGGAUUGUGGACCCAUCACAUGAAAAAGGUCCCACCGUUGGAUGAAACCUCGACGAGUCAUGUGGCGGUCAUUAUGGAUGACAUUGAUGUGUUUACGCACAAUCUGGAUACAGCAUUCAUGUUGGAUCGAAUGGAACAAAAGGGGUACAACAUGGUCUCGGCAUCCUUUCCCAGAGGAUCGGUUCAUCGAGAAGGUCUGCAUCAACGAGCCGAAUGCACCUCCCAUGAAACUGGUUAUGUGGAUAUUCUAUAUACUUUAUUUGAUUGGAAUACAUGGAAAUGUUGGCAAGACAAUAUCGACUUGGAAAUCAAUCCCUAUGGUUGGGGAUACGAUGUCUUGGUGGGGGAUUUGUGCAAUGCCAAAAUAGGAGUGGUGGACGACAAAGGCGUGGCAGUCCAUGUGACUCAUCCCUGCGAGGACAAGGAAGGAGGAUGUCGGAAAAGUAGUUAUGAUACAGGUGCCGCAAGAAGCCAAAUGGAAGCAUGGAUUGCUCAUGUUGCAGCCAAUACGAACAAUCAUUUGAAAGGAUACCAAAAAGUGGGAGAACUCAGUCGUGAAGCUUAUGAAUAUAGGGCGAAGGUCCUCACUCGAUGGAAGCAAUACCCCUUUUGCGAUCAAAAAGACGAAGAAGAAGAAAGUAACAAGUUGUCCAAGCAGAAGAAGAAGAAGAAAACGGCGGUAUGA